CCAGGAGCAUACGGAAUGCAUGAAGUAGCGUUCAACUUCCUCUGCUUGAGGGAGAAGCCCGCAGGAGCCAUGUUAGGUCCGCGACAACACCAGCCAAUGAGCAGCGACGAUCUGCUGACGUCAGCAUUGGAUGACCCUGACUUCGACGAGGUCACAGCUGCAGAUCUCGAAGACUUGUACUUCCGGUACACCAAUAACACCGUCUACGUCCUGGACACGGCGGACGCUUGUGGGGAAGUCGAAGGACUGGUGAGCUUGUUCGGAUCUCCUGCCGGUAGAGCAUUAGUGGCAGAAAGCAAUAGCGAAAAUUCUAGUAGUUCGUCCACUCGACCACCAGGUGAAAGCGGAAAACAAAAUGGCCGUCUCCUUUGUAAAUCUCGCCGGAAAGAGAGACGAAAAUCCAGCACCGAACUGUACAGGGAAGCAGCUGCGUUGCUGGGCCUAACAUGUAGCAUGAAUGACAGCUGCCGUUGCAUUGAAUGCCAGAGUCACUACUUUGACUUUGAUGAUGACGACCGUCGAACAGAAACGGGAUUGGCUGCCGGGACUCCGGCAUUGUUGGAUCACGUGCUCAGCCAUCCAAUGACGUGCAGUCUUCAGUAGCCUGUGCUGACGUCACGAGAUUGUCGGUAACAAUCCGUAAAUCUUGAGCAGCGUUGCCAUGGAAACUUCGAUAUUUGACUACUACAAAGAGUACUGAUAAUCAAAACAAACUGUAAGGACGUUAGAGAUUUAAAAGAUUCGAUUCUAAAUUAUGACAGUGAGUUUUAAACAGCAGUUUACGAGAAGCAAAAUCCGACUCCACAUUUCUUCAGUGCGCUGUACAAAGUUUACAUUUGGGAGACGAAAUUGUAAAUAAAUAUUCUGCGCAAUAGUGACGUAAUUUUAAAAAAAAAAUACUUACUGUAAGAAUGUUGUACCGGACAUUUAACUGGAAAGAAGUAAGUUAAUAUUCUUUUUAUAAUUUAGUGAUUCCCUACUCAGAUUAAUCAUAAAAUCGAAUGAGAAUAUUAUCCCAUCCCACCCCAAGGCCUUCAUUUUUCUGUUACAGUAUUUAUGUUAUGUAUUUUAAUUAUAUUUAACGUGUGAUACCAUAUAAAAUUGUUUGUAUCAGUAUUAAAAUUAUUUAAACAUUUCUACUUUACCAAAGUGUAAAGUUUAAAUGUAUUAAGUUUUAUUCAUAUUUUACGUUUAAUUAAUUUAAAUAAUGUUUCUUAUUCCGUGCGUAGGGAUUGUGUGUCCAAGGUAGGUUCAGUACUUGUCCGAGGGUAGCGCUGGUUUUAAGUCUUGUCUCUCACACCUCAUGCACAACAGUUGGAGCGAAUGGAAUACAGCUUACUUCUCUAAAAAAACAUUUCUGAUUGUGAACCAAAACAUCGUAAAUAUUUCACACCCCUGAUAUCCUCAAUGCCUUAUCCUAAUUCAUCUUCCAAAUUCUUUGAUAAGUGUAUUAAGAAUUUUAUUUUAAUGAAUCGAUUCAUCUUACGAGAAGAAGUUUGUUUUUAUCGAUCGUUAAAUCUGACCUUAUGAGCUGAGUAUUUGUAAAAUACUCAUGUUGAGAGUUUUGAAUUUUUAUUCUCUAGUUGAAUUUGCAGACAUAUUUGUUUUGUUACACGCUGAUACGCUGAAAUUUAUUUUAACUCUAUGGGGUUGGCUACACGUAAUUUACUAAUACAAUCUAUCUCUAAUUUAAAUCUUACCCCUCAUAGAACCUUUUGAUGAUGAAGUUAACUUAAGUAAUAUUUGAGAGUUAAGUUCUUAACUCUGAACAAAACACAAUACGUGGCGAAUACGAUGAUAGGUAAAUGGCUUCUUGGAUUUUGUGUCGUAGAAGUAGGUCGACGUUUCAGAGGUACUUGCAGGCCGUAAGCACAUAAGAGAUAUGAAUCAGUUUCUAGGAUAUUACAUGGUGUAACAUCCCAGAGGACAGUCUUCAUCAAAAUACAAUGCAUCUCCAUUAGAAAUAUCAAUUGGUUAAUUCUGUUUAGGAAAAUAAAUUCUGUUUAUUCUGAGAAAUAUAUUAAACCCAUAAACGCUCUCUCUGGACAAAAUGCAGAAUUAAUAAUUCUUGAGAGAAAUUGUACUACUGUCUAUCAAUAGGAUUUGAGGCGAUAAUAGUACAAUAUUCUUAUAUAUAGGCUUAUUACUUUCAAUUUUGUUGUUCCAAUGCCUGUUUUGGUUGAUAUACGCAAAUUAAAACAAAACAUUUUUAUAUACAUUACGAAUCAGUUGCAUCAGAACGUAAUCUUCAUGUGCGCGUAUUUAUAUCAUAUCUAAAUAUAUAUUAUUUAAAUCUUUUC